AUGGAUGGAGUGGAAAAUGAGGAAAAAUUUACUGAUAACUUAAAAAGUAUUCGGGAGAAACUGAGGGUUGAACCACUGCCAGUUCAGAUUCCAAUCGGGGCUGGUCGAGAAUUAGAAGGAAUAGUAGAUAUAAUUGAACAAAAAGCUUAUUAUUAUUCCCAAUUAGGUAAUAAGGAAAAAGCCAAAGAAGAGGAAUAUCAAAUAAAAGCAAUUCCAUCUCAUUUAGUAGCAAGAACUAAAAAAUACCGGCAAGAAUUAAUAGCAAAGAUAGGAAAAAUAAUUGAACAAGAACAGAACGAGGAACUACUUCUAAAACAUUUGGGAGGUCAAGAAUUAUCAGCCACGGAAAUCAAAAAAUUAUUGCGUCAAGCCACUUUAACCGGGGAAUAUUUUCUGGUAUUUUGCGGUUCGGCUUAUAAGCAUGUGGGUGUGAAAUUGCUUUUGGAUGGGGUAACCGAUUAUUUGCCUUCUCCAUUAGAUAUAGGUGAAAUACCUGUUUUUUCACCUCAAAAUAAAAACAAAACAGGCUCAGUCAACUGCAAUAGUCCCUUACCUUACUUAGCCUUGGCCUUUAAAGUUAUAUUCGACGAUCGUAAUCAAAGGGUAACCUUUAUUCGAGUUUAUGCGGGGAAAAUUUCUGCUGGGUCUCGCCUUUAUAAUGUUAAUCAAGGGGAGAUAGAAACGGUAAGUAGUUUGGUGCGAAUGCAUGCUGACAAUAAAGAAAAAAUUGACGAGAUAGGUGCUGGUGAUAUUGCUGCUAUAGUCGGUUUAAAGUAUACUGUUACUGGAGAUACUUUUAGUGAAAAAAAAAACCCUUUACUACUCGAAGCCAUUAGUUUUGCCGAACCAGUGAUUUCCCAAGCCAUUGAACCUAAAACUAAUAAAGACCAAGGAAAAUUACGGGAUGCACUGGAACGACUAAAAAUCCAAGACCCUAGUUUCAAAUACUGA